UAUAGAGGGAAGUGUAUGUUAACGCACCGGAUGAUCGCCGCUCCGUUGUGCGCCAUGUGCCAGCUAAACAGUUACACAACCCGUCCAAUCGUGGCCGUUUUUUGAAGGAAAAUUAAAGGAAGAGCCGCUGUCGCACCACACACACAGCGGUUUGGGAGUCGGGGGGAGCGCCAUGGAGGAACUGAAAAAGGACGUCAAAGCGAACCCGGCAGCGACGGCGACUCUUUUCUCUCAGGUGUUCUUCUGCUGGUUAAACCCGCUGUUCCGUAUCGGCUACAAAAGGAGGCUGGAGGAGGAUGACAUGUACAAAGUGCUUCCGGAGGACGGGUCCGAGAGACUCGGUCAGGAGCUACAGAGACACUGGGAUUACGAGGUUCAGAAGGCUGCCAAAGAGCUGAGGCAACCCAAACUCACCAAGGUCAUCAUUAAAUGCUACUGGAAGCCAUAUGCAGUGCUGGGCAUCUUUACGCUCAUCGAGGAGGUCAUCAAAGUGGUGCAGCCAGUGCUCUUGGGGAAGCUGAUCCAGUAUUUUGAGAAUUACAGACCAGACGACAUGGAAAGUCUGUACAAGGUCCUCGGCUAUGCUGCUGGGAUGUCUUUAUCCACCAUUGGACUGGCCGUGCUCCAUCACCUCUACUUCUAUUAUGUCCAGAGGACGGGCAUGAAGAUCAGAGUAGCAAUGUGCCACAUGAUCUACCGGAAGGCCCUGUCCCUCAGCAAUGCGGCCAUUAGGAAAACCACCACGGGCCAGAUAGUCAACCUCCUGUCCAAUGAUGUGAACAAGUUCGAUGAGGUGACGAUCUUUCUUCACUUCCUGUGGGUGGGGCCUCUCCAGGCAGCGGUAGUGGUUGGGCUCUUGUGGCUGGAGAUCGGGCCCUCGUGUUUGGCGGGCAUGGUGGUCCUCAUUAUCCUGAUGCCUAUGCAGACCAUGUUUGGAAGGCUGUUCUCCAAGUUCAGGAGUAAAACGGCGAGUCUCACCGACAACAGAAUACGCACCAUGAACGAAGUUGUGUCUGGAAUCAGGAUCAUCAAGAUGUACGCCUGGGAGAAACCGUUUGCAGCCCUGGUCUCGGAUGUCAGAAGGAAGGAGAUCUCCAAAAUUAUGAAAAGCUCCUAUCUGCGGGGGCUGAACAUGGCCUCCUUCUUCUCAGCCAGCAAGAUCAUCAUCUUCAUCACUUUCACUCUCUACGUUCUCCUGGGAAACCCCAUCUCCGCCAGCCGCGUCUUUGUGACAGUGUCGUUGUACACGGCCGUGCGGCUCACAGUCACCCUGUUCUUCCCCGCCGCCAUUGAGAAGCUGUUCGAGUGCCGUGUCAGCGUCAGCAGGAUAAAGACGUUCUUGCUUCUGGACGAGAUAGCAAUCAAACAUGUUUCACUGCCACAGGAGGGGAAGAAGGAGCUUCCUGUGGAGAUCCAGGACCUCAUCUGCUACUGGGACAAGACUCUGGAUGCCCCGUCUCUCCAGAGCAUCUCUCUCACUGUGAAGGCACAGCAGCUCCUGGCUGUGAUUGGACCAGUGGGGGCAGGAAAGUCGUCACUGCUGAGCUCCAUCUUAGGAGAACUGCCUCAUGACCAGGGGGUGCUGAAGGUCAAAGGUCAGCUGACAUAUGCCUCCCAGCAGCCCUGGGUGUUCCCUGGAACAAUCCGCAGCAACAUCCUGUUUGGUAAAGAGCUGAACCUUCAGAAGUACCAGAGGGUCCUGAGUGCCUGCGCUCUCAAGAGGGACAUGGAGCUGCUGCCAGACGGAGACCUGACAGUGAUUGGGGACAGAGGAGCCACCCUCAGCGGGGGACAGAAAGCCCGUGUCAAUCUGGCCAGAGCUGUGUACCAGGAUGCGGACAUCUACCUCCUGGAUGACCCUUUAAGUGCUGUGGAUGCUGAAGUCGGGAGACACCUCUUCGAACGGUGCAUCUGUGGCCUGCUGAAAAACAAGCCUCGCAUCCUGGUGACCCACCAGCUGCAGUACCUGAAGGCAGCCGACCAGAUUCUGGUCCUGAAGGAGGGCCACAUGGUGGCACAGGGCACAUACAGUGAGCUGCAGAGCUCUGGGUUGGACUUCACCUCUCUACUGAAGAAGGACGAGGAAGAGGAGCAGCAGAUUCAGCAUGAGGUCUCCUCACGGAGCAGGACUCUGUCCCAGAACUCUGUCCUCUCCCACACCUCCUCCGUGCACUCGGUCAAAGAUGGAGCCGACCAGCUGCCGGCUGAGCCGGUGCAGGCUAUAGUGGAGGAGAGCCGCUCCGAGGGCACCAUCGGGGUGAGCCUGUACAUCAAGUACCUGAGGGCUGGAGCCAACAUAGUGGUCCUGCUGGCAGUGAUUUCACUCAACUUCUUCGCUCAGGCAGCAUACAUUCUUCAGGACUGGUGGCUGGCUUACUGGGCUGGAGCGCAGGAGAAGCUUGACAGUAACGGCAACAACACCACAAUCCAAAACGGCCUCAACGCCACCAAAGAGCUGGAUGUGGAUUUCUACCUGGGCAUUUACGCAGGUCUAACUGCAGCCACCCUUAUUUUUGGCUUUGCCAGGAGUUUGCUCAUGUUUAAUGUGCUGGUGAAAUGUGCACAGACCCUCCACAACCGCAUGUUCUCCGCCAUACUACGUACACCUGUACGCUUCUUUGACAUCAACCCAAUCGGAAGAGUUCUUAAUAGGUUCUCAAAAGACAUCGGCCAGCUGGACGCCAGCCUGCCGUGGACCUUUGUGGACUUCCUUCAAGUUUUUCUGCAGAUCAUUGGCGUAAUUGCCGUGGCGGCAUCAGUGAUCCCCUGGAUCCUCAUCCCGGUGUUCCCCCUCCUGAUCGUCUUCAUCUUCCUCCGACGCUACUUCCUGGCAACCUCGAGGGACAUCAAGCGACUGGAGUCGACCUCCCGGAGCCCGGUCUUCUCCCACCUGUCUUCAUCUCUUCAGGGUCUGUGGACCAUCCGAGCCUUCAGAGCGGAGGAGAGGUUCCAGAAAACCUUUGACGCCCAUCAGGACCUGCACUCAGAGGCCUGGUUCCUGUUCCUGACCACCUCGCGCUGGUUCGCUGUCCGCCUCGAUGGCAUCUGCUCCAUAUUUGUCACCAUCACCACGUUUGGCUGCCUGCUGCUCAGAAACCAGCUGGAUGCAGGAGCAGUGGGCUUGGCCUUGUCCUACGCCAUCACACUCAUGGGCAUGUUCCAGUGGGGCGUCCGGCAGAGUGCAGAGGUGGAGAACAUGAUGACAUCCGUGGAGAGAGUGGUAGAGUACACAGAGCUGGAGAGUGAAGCACCCUGGGAAACCCAGAAGCGUCCUCCCCCUGAAUGGCCCAGCCAAGGUCUGGUAACCUUUGACCGGGUCAGUUUCUCCUACAGCGCAGACGGCCCACAGGUCCUGCACAACAUGAAGGCCAUGUUCAGACCCAAAGAAAAGGUUGGCAUUGUGGGUAGGACGGGUGCUGGAAAGAGCUCUCUGGUGUCGGCACUCUUCCGCCUUGCAGAACCAGAUGGUAAAAUCUUCAUCGACGGUGUUUUGACCUCUGAGAUUGGCCUCCACGACCUGCGCCAGAAGAUGUCCAUCAUACCUCAGGAUCCAGUGCUGUUUACAGGUACCAUGAGGAAGAACCUGGACCCUUUUAACCAGCACACAGACGAGGACCUGUGGAACGCUCUCAAAGAGGUCCAGCUGAAGUCUGUGGUGGAGGACCUGCCCGGUAAGAUGGAGACAGUUCUGGCCGAGUCGGGCUCCAACUUCAGCGUGGGCCAGAGGCAGCUUGUGUGUCUGGCCCGAGCCAUCCUGAGGAAGAACCGCAUCCUCAUCAUCGACGAGGCAACAGCCAACGUGGACCCCAGGACAGACGAGCUGAUCCAGCAGACCAUACGCCAGAAGUUUAGAGAAUGCACUGUGCUCACCAUCGCUCAUCGUCUCAACACCAUCAUAGACAGCGACCGCAUACUGGUCUUAGACGCCGGGCAAAUCCAUGCCUAUGAUGAGCCUUACACCCUUCUUCAAGACCAAGAUGGGAUCUUCUACAAGAUGGUACAGCACACCGGCAAGCAGGAAGCAGCAGCUCUACUGGAAGCAGCCAAACGGGCCUACGAGACCAGAAGUCGUCCCAACACGUCAAACGGACACGCAGGGAUGACAGAGGGCAACUUGGUUAUUUUCGAGACAGCUCUGUAACCGUAUGGUGGGUUCUCGCUGAAUGACUGCUUUUCCAAAAGGUUCCCAAAACGUGCCUCCUGGGCUUGUGCUAUAUGCCCCUCCGAACCCCUGUGUGCACAGAGCGGUCGUGCCUCGAUAGAAACUCUUCAUCCACUCCAUGUGGUCAGGAGAUAGAGAUGCAGCCUACUGAGAGCAUCAGAAACCUCACUGUGGUCUCAAGUGGCAGGGCCAAAUAUUUUACGCACACGUUUUUUCCGAGCUUAGCGUUUGGAAAGCACUGCUGUAAAAAAAAGAAAAGGAUUCAACUAGAUUUCUAUUUAUUUUCUGUACUUUAUAUUUAUCCCGCCAGCAACUUGUCCUAAGCUGUUGUUGCACGGUAUAGAUUACUAGACAGGUGACUAUGUUAUGUGCCUUGAAUAAUUGUAUAUUCUGUGAUUGGUCAGCACAGCCUAUAUUGGGUCAUUUAUUAGCCAGUUUCUUUUUUAAAUGACAGAUUAAUGCCCGUGCCUUAUUCGAUGUCUUGUGGCAUUUGUACAUUGUUACUCAGUUUGUCGUUUUUAUUUUGUAUCUUAAUCCAGAAUUACUGUUUGACAAUCUAAAUUAUGUUGCAGAGAAGCUUGACAUGUUGCUUUGUUGAGGGUGUAGAACAAAUUCUUUCCUUCACAUGAGGCAUUGUUGCACAGGACUAAAUACAAUGUUGCAAAUUGUUACCAGUGCAAGAUUUUUGAAUCUCUGUGUGUUGAUACUUUUGUGCCUUGUGUGGAAGAAUCAGCCGAGAGUUGUUUGUUCCAGGCGUUUAGGAACAGUCUAAAAGGGAGAUUUUACUGCUUGAUGCUAUUUGUGCCUUGCUGCAUUCACACCACCACGCCUUCUUACUGCCAGUGUGUGUCUGGCUGCAGUCGGGCCGUCUCACAAGGCUUCCUUUCCCCGGACCUCUCGAAAGGAGACUCUUCAAAAGGACCGGGAGAAGUUUAAAGGAGGCCAUAGCAGACGGCCAUCUGAAUGCAGACACUUCGAAUAUGGGUUUACUUGAAUGAUGUUCAGUCAGUCCUUUUGAUACCGGUUGUCCUUAGUGUUUGGAAAUGCUGCGUUAUGUUCCGAUAUCAAGCUCCGUCUUUAUCUUUCACUCAUAAAUUGAAUUAAAAAAAAUUUAAAAAGU